AUGGCUGGGAGAUUCUCCACCUUCCUCAAAGACACCCGGGCAAAGGAACCAGUGCUUGUGGUAUCCACCACCAUUGGAAACCUCACUAUAAUUAUGUCCUCACUUAGCCUUGACACCAAAUAUGCCACCACAAUCAAACCAGCCACACCCUACAAUUACUCAGUGCCUGUGAGAGAGAAUGGGAACAUGCCCGAUGUGCCCAGCCACCCCCAGGACCCUUAG